AUGAGUGCCCGAGGCGGAAGCCGUCCACCUCCUCGUGGCCGCCCAAACAAGGUGACCAAGGCCGCCGCCGUUGCCGGCAUCAAGCGGGACCCCCAAGCCCUUGCCCGCGCCACCGCCGCAGCCAGCCGACACCCCCCGUCUGCCGUCGACCACCAGCUCGAACAGCUCGCCCACGAUGCAGAGGCCGAAGCUGAGCACGAAGAUGACGACGAGAUAACCGCUCCCCCUCCUCCCACGACCUCUCAACAACACCACCAACAUCAGCAGCAGCACCACCAGCAGCACCACCCGAACGCCUUCGACCUCGCAGCUGCGGGUAUCCUGGCCAACGGCCCUCCCCCUCCCGACUCGGACAUACAUCCCGAUCUUCACGGCCUACCGGCACAGUUCGCCAUGGAAGCUCACAUGGGCAGUCAAGGCGGCCAUGGUGGCCCGGGAGAUAUUCCCCUGACCGCUGAAGACCUGGCAAAGCAGAGCGGCUACCAUCAGCUGGUCAUCGACAGUGCUCUAGCAAAACGUCUAGCCAACAACGAGGGACACCGCCUUGCGGUACAAAGACGUGGAGACCAAAACCUCAACUUAAAGAGGCGUAGCAAUGUCGAGGCUCUGCUAGCUCAUGUCUCUGGUCAGGAAACGGCCAGCCCUUGCAAGAGUUGUCAUAAAGGUUAUGGCCCGUGGAACGGCUGUGUUGUGGUGAAUGGCCAGAUGUGCGGCAGCUGUGCCAACUGCUGGUUUAAUGCGAGCGGGUCAAGAUGUUCCUUCCAUGAGAACAACCUCCCUCAGCACAUGCCAGCGGUCCAGAUGCCGCCUCAGGUGUCUGCAAACACAAGCUUCGCCGGCGCAGCGCCGAUGGCUCCCGGCAUGGUCCCCGCAGGCCCUAGCGGCUUCGGGCAGCCAGGCGGCAACCACACAGUGGCCCAGUUCACAAGAGAUGCACUCAACAGAGCGAUGGCGGAGGUCCGAAGUGACGACCCAAACAUUCGGUUCCAGUUCCGCAUCGAAACGGCGGCGCGGGAGCUAGCGCUGGCUAGCGCCGAGUACGCCGAUUUUCUGGCUCAGCAGGCGGGCCACGACCCGAGUCAGCACCCUCAAGACGGCGAGGGCUCCGUGCCGGAGGCGGCGAUGGGAGACGGGAACGACGGACCGUGA